UAAAGGGAAGUGAAAGUAAAGAAAAAAAUUAGAAAUAAAUCAUUUCAUUAAAAGCGAUCCACCCUUCCGAUCUCCGAUCAAUUAACUCCGAUAACCCACCGUAACCCUAACCAUACAAAACCUCCGUAAUCUCGCCGGAGUUUGUUCAUCUAGCCGGAAGAUGAUGGUUCCGGCGGUCAAAAUCCCUAUAUUCUUAUGCGUCCGGAGCUUAGGACUAUUAGUGGCGAUCUUCGUUCUCAUCUGGAACGUUCAUUACAGAGGAGGAUUAGCUCUAUUCUCCCAAAACAAAAGUCUACUCUUCAAUGUUCAUCCUGUUUUGAUGGUAUUUGGUCUUCUACUGCUAAAUGGUGAAGCAAUGCUGGCAUACAAGACUGUAUCAGGAACAAAAGGUUUUAAAAAGCUGCUUCAUCUCACCCUCCAGUUCUCGGCAUUAGUAUUGGGAGCAAUCGGUUUAUGGGCUGCUUGGAAGUUUCACAACGAUAGAGGGAUUGAUAAUUUUUACAGCCUCCACUCAUGGCUCGGGUUAGCCUGCUUAUUUCUGUUUGCAAUUCAGUGGGGGGCGGGAUUUGCAACAUUUUGGUACCCGGGUGGUUCAGCAAAAAACCGAGCUUCACUUAUGCAAUGGCACGUCUUGUUUGGAGUUUACAUAUACGCGCUUUCUUUGGCUUCUUGCAUCACUGGUGUUUUAGAGAAAGUAACAUUUCUUCAAACCCAUAACAUAAUCUCACACUAUUCCGCAGAAGCAAUCUUGGUGAAUAUUUUGGGUGUCAUGAUUGUUAUAUUGGGCGGUUUUGUUAUAUUUGGCGUGAUAUCUCCGUCAAAUGGGAAAGGAGACGUUAUCCGAGGAUCAGUCGAGCUGGUAGAAGAACAACCAAUGGUAUGUAAUGAUGUUGGAACUACAGACUGAAGUUGAUACAAUGAAAAGAAAUUCAAUGAUUAUGUUAAGGUGGUUAUGCAUGCAAAUGUAAGAUUGAAAAUUUAAAUGUAAGCAAUUAAGCAAAUGUUAGAUGGUGUUUGCAUGUUAA